AUGUCGGAUGCGGAAAAACUCAAAAAUUAUUUGGCGGAAUUCUCGGGAAAGUCGUCUACUUCUGUAAAUAUUGGUGAUGCAGGAGACGAUGAAUCCGAGACCGCUAACUUGCUCGGCUGGGCGAAAAGCGGCUUUGGAAAUUUAGUCAAUAAAGCUUCAAAGAUUCAGGAAAAUAUUCCGCUUCCGAACCCGCUCAGAAGCAGUGAUGGUGGAUCUUCUUGGCUAUCAGAAGCCGAAUCAGACCCCUUCUGUCCCAAGCUUUCAAAGAAGCAGCGCAUCCUCGGUUUUAUGGGCUGCAUGGGCAUGGGACUCCUCUGCUUCAUGAUGGCGGCAAUGUACCUUCCAGUGCUGAUCGUUUCCGCGCGCAAAUUCGCUCUUUUGUACACUCUUGGCUCGCUCUUCUUCAUUUCCUCAUUCUCGCUGCUCUAUGGGCCCAAGAAGCAUUUCAAGCAUCUUAUCUCGACCGAACGUCUCCCGUUUACCCUCGGCUACACGUUGUCAAUGAGUUUUACCCUCUACGCGGCCAUGGGAGCGAAGAGCUACAUUUUGACAGUCAUUGCCGCUGCGAUUCAGAUCGUGGCACUCUCAUACUUUACGCUUUCGUAUAUUCCGGGCGGCCAGGCGGCGCUCAAGUUCUUCGCUAAGAUGUUCUACGCGAUCUUUUCCAGGUGCUUCAAGUCUGCCAUAAACGUCUAA